AUGUCCACUGGGUCCCUCAGUGAUGUGGAAGAUCUUCAGGAGGUGGAGAUGCUGGAGUGCGAUGGCCUGAAAAUGGAUACUAACAAAGAGUUCGGGGCGUCCAACGAGAGCAACGAGGAGGGAUCCAAUGGCGAGAAUGGCUCCCCUCAGAAGGGGAGAGGGGCCUCGGGCAAGAGGAAAAAAGCUCCCCCCAAGAAGAGCCCUUUAAAUGGAGUGAGCCAGGAGGGAAAGCAGGUCCAGAGAAACGCUGCCAACGCCAGGGAGAGGGCGAGGAUGAGGGUCCUUAGCAAAGCCUUCUCCAGGCUUAAGACCACCCUGCCCUGGGUGCCCCCAGACACCAAGCUUUCCAAACUGGACACCUUGAGGUUGGCCUCCAGCUACAUCGCUCACCUGAGACAGAUCCUGGCCAAUGACAAGUACGAAAAUGGCUACAUCCACCCGGUCAACCUGACCUGGCCUUUUAUGGUAGCCGGCAAACCCGAGAGUGACCUGAAAGAAGUGGUGAACACAAACCGCUUGUGCGGCCCGACGGCAUCCUGA